UAAUUUCUCGUAAAGAGAAGUAGUAAACUUCAUAAUAUUUAAGAAUCUUUUAUAAGCUUAAGCAAUCCAAGGAUGAAAUUUCCUCGCAAGUCGCAGAUUAAUCAAGUAAAAUAAAAGUUCUGUUUCAUAAAGUUUGAAGCAUCUGAUGAAUAUAAGGAGGGAGAUGAGAAAGAGCCCUUCAAAAUCUGUUCUCUCUUUCUCUUACUUUCUUUCAUUCAUAGGAAUGGUGAUGGCACAAAACACAACAAUAUUAGUGAAUAUAGGAGUUGUUCUUGACAUGGACAGUUCGGUAGGGAAGAUGGGGUUGAGUUGCAUCGACUUAGCCCUAUCAGACUUCUACGCCACUCAUGGUUAUUACCGGACCAGGUUAGCCCUAAAGACCAGGGACUCCAUGAGAGAUGUUGUUGGUGCAGCUGCAGCAGCAUUGGACUUGAUAAAAAAUGAGGAAGUGCAAGCAAUCAUAGGGCCAACAACAUCUAUGCAGGCUGAUUUUGUUAUUCAUCUUGGAGAAAAAGCUCAGAUACCCAUCAUUUCGUACUCUGCAACAAGUCCUUUUCUUACUUCCAUAAGCAGCCCUUACUUUUUCAGAGCUACACAAAAUGACUCAACUCAAGUUUAUGCCAUUUGUGCAAUGAUACAAGCUUUUGGCUGGAGAGAAGCAGUCCCCAUCUACGUUGAUAACGAGUAUGGCCGGGGAAUCAUGCCUUAUUUAGUUGAUGCUUUGCAAGCAAUUGAUACUCGUAUCCCUUACCGAAGUACCCUUUCUCCUGUUUCCACUGAUGAUCAAAUCGUCAGAGAGCUUUACAAGCUGAUGACUAUGCAAACUAGAGUUUUUAUUGUCCACAUGUCAUCGUCAUCUCUUGGCUCUAGAUUUUUUACCAAAGUAAGAGAGGUUGGAAUGAUGAGUAAAGGCUAUGUUUGGAUCAUGACAGACGGGUUGACUAAUUUCUUGAGUUUAUUAACUCCUACUGCCAUUGAUUCAAUGCAAGGUGUACUGGGUGUUAAACCUUUUGUGUCGGAAACUAAAGAGUUGGAAAAUCUUCGAGUUCGAUGGAAACGAAAAUUCCAGCAGGAAAACCCAGGCAGUGAUGAUGCUGAAUUGACUAUUUUUGGACUAUGGGCAUAUGAUGCUGCCAUCGCAUUAUCCAUGGCAAUUGAGAAAGCUGGGACUGCAAAAUUUGGCUUCCGCGGGGCAAAUGCUUCCAGCAAUUACACUGACCUCGCGGCUCUUAAGGUCUCUCAAAAUGGCCCAAGCCUUAUUCAAGCGUUGUCAAAUACUAGCUUCAAAAGUGUUACAGGAGAUUUUGUUUUUGUUAAUGGGCAGUUACCAUCAUUAGCUUUUCAAAUUGUUAAUGUUAUUGGUGACGGAGCAAGAGAACUCGGAUUUUGGACACUAGGAAACGGACUUCUCAAGAAUUUAAGCUCAAUAACAGCUACAAAUAUAUAUUCUAAUUCUAAGUCCAAUCUCGCUUCGGUUAUAUGGCCAGGGGAUACAACUUCUGUUCCUAAGGGUUGGGAAAUUCCGACCAACGGGAAAAAGCUGCGUGUCGGGGUGCCGGUGAAGGGUGGUUUCAAUGAAUUCAUAAAGGUGACAAAAGAUACUAGCACUAACACCAACACAGUCACAGGCUACUGUAUAGAUGUUUUUGAUGCUGUGGUGAAAGCCUUACCUUAUGCUUUGCGUUAUGAGUAUAUUCCCUUUGCCAAUCCUGAUGGUAGCACUACAGAAUCUUACAAUGAAUUGAUCUAUCAAGUGUAUUUAGGGAAUUUUGAUGCUGUGGUUGGAGAUACAACAAUUAUCUUCAACAGGUCCUUAUAUGUGGACUUCACUUUGCCAUACACAGAAUCAGGUGUAUACAUGGUCGUGCCAAUUAAAGACAAGAAGAAAAAAAAUGCCUGGGUUUUCUUGAAGCCUUUGACAUGGGAUCUUUGGGCAACAAGCUUUUGUUUCUUUGUAUUUAUUGGAUUCAUUGUGUGGAUCCUUGAACAUCGAAUAAACGAAGAAUUCCGAGGACCUCCUUCAUAUCAAUUGAGCACCAGCUUGUAUUUUUCCUUCUCGACCAUGUUUUUCGCUCAACGGGAAAGAGUGGUUAGCAACUUAGCCAGGAUAGUGGUAAUCAUUUGGUGUUUCGUUGUAUUGAUUCUGAUACAAAGUUACACAGCCAGCUUGACAAGUCUGCUAACAGUACAACAGCUCCUGCCCACUGUUACAGAUGUUUAUCAACUUAUCAAAAACGGAGAGUUGGUGGGGUACAAGAGGGGUUCUUUUGUUCCAGAUAUUCUAAAAAGCUUGGGUUUUGAAGAAACCCAGCUCGUGAUUUAUGAUUCUGUUGAACAAUGUCACGAACUUCUAUCCAAAGGCAGUAGAAAUGGUGGCAUCGCUGCUGCUUUUGAUGAAUUGCCAUAUAUGAAGGUAUUCCUGGCUAAGUAUUGCUCUAAGUAUACCAUGGUUCAGCCUAUAACUAAGACAGAUGGCUUCGGAUUUGUGUUUCCUAGAGGAUCUCCUCUGGUACCUGAUAUAUCAAGGGCAAUCUUAAAUGUGACUGAGGGAGAUCAAAUGAAAAGAAUUGAAAACGCAUGGUUUGGAAAACAAGGCAAUUGUCCAGAUCCUAGCACCUCUGUUUCUUCUAAUAGCCUUGGCCUCCAAAGUUUUUGGGGCUUGUUUUUAAUUGCCGGAAUAGCUUCAGUUUUAGCUCUGAUGAUAUUUGCUGUCAUGUUUGCCUGCGAAUAUAGGCAAGUUUUGAUAUCUUCCGAAUCAGGAACUUCUAUAUGGAGCAGAAUUCGUGAUUUGUCUAGCAUUUUCGACCAAAAGGACUUGAAAUCACACACUUUCAAGAAGAGUGAAGCGGAUGAGAUUAUUGUUCCUUCUAGCAUGGGUGCUCCAAGUCCAUCAAUCUAUUCUGUCCAUACAGAUUUCCCUGUAGAAGAGGAGAUAUCUUCUGCAGAAUAUAGUGAUACAAAUCCUAAUGACCAAGCCCUUCAAGAGGUAGUGCUAAUUAGUAUUCAGCUAGCUGACCUAAACCAAGAAACCCCAACUACUGAAAUAACCAGUGAAUGGUAGUGAUUAUAGAUUUUUGGCCAUGAUCCUUAGUUGUAUAUUGACAUCAUGUUCACAUGAGAGUAGCAAUGUAAAGAAAAUGUUAUUGUAUGAUGCUAACUUGUUGAUCUUAAGAUAACUAGUAUCAAGC